GGAGAAAAACACCAUUUGUUUAGAAAAUGUCAAGACGCAGUAGUCGCAACACAUUACAAGAAAGAAAUGAAAAUGCACCAGAACAAAACAAACCGCAGAGGAAAAGAAAAGGCGAGCAGUGCAAUAGAAGAGUCCCGUCAACAGCUAAGAAACAACACUAUGAAAUUCAGAACCGGUGUUUUGAAGGUGAUAUUAGUCCCAGUGUGUUAAUCGAGACUCCUCAGAAAGAGGUUCAUCAGGAGACCGCUAAUCUUUCUGGUUUCAAGCGCUUCAGAUUCAAGAACCUCUUUGUGAAACCCUCUCCGCUGCCAUGCCUCAGUUGGGCCAGUUCAGAUGAUGUGUGGAUAAAGAUGCUAAACAAGGAGCUGAAGUAUGUACAUGACAAGGGCUUCAUCCAGCAGCAUCCGAACCUGCAGCCCAAAAUGAGGUCCAUUCUGCUGGACUGGCUCAUGGAGGUCAGUGAAGUUUAUACUCUCCACCGGGAGACAUUUUACUUGGCUCAGGACAUCUUUGAUCGCUUCAUGCUCACUCAAAAAGACAUCGGCAAAGAUCAGCUGCAGCUCAUCGGCAUAACGUCACUCUUCAUAGCCUCAAAGAUAGAGGAGAUUUACCCGCCAAAGCUCCAGGAGUUUGCUUAUGUGACGGACGGGGCCUGCAACGAGGAGGAGAUUCUUGCUAAAGAGCUUGUGAUACUGAAGGCGUUGAAGUGGGAGCUCUGUCCUGAGACCGUCAUCUCAUGGUUGAAGCUCUACUCCCAAGUGGACUCUUCGAAGGACGAUGCUAAUUUCCUCAUUCCUCAGUUCUCGAAGGAAACCUACAUCCAAAUCACACAGUUGUUGGAUCUUUGCAUUUUGGACAUUAAUUGUUUGGAUUACCAGUAUGGAGUCCUCGCUGCUGCUGCGUUUUGUCACUUUACUUCUUUUGAAACGGUCCAUAAAGUAUCAGGGCUCACAUGGGACAGCAUAUCAAGCUGUGUGCGGUGGAUGAACGCAUUUGCACGAGCGGUUCGUGAAUGGCCCAGACCACAACUGAAGGACUUCAAAAAGGUGGCGGCAGGUCGACACAACAUACAGACCCACGUGGACUAUCUGGCCAUGCUGAGUGAAGCACAUGAUCGGCAGCAGGACAGCUUGGACCGGAUGUCUCCUUUGGCUGUAGCUGGAAUACUGACCCCUCCUAAAAGCACUGAGAAACCUGCUAAUGCCUGACGGGUUUGAGGAGAACCUGCUAUAGCUAGUCUUCGAAGUCCAUCGAAGAAUGGAUUAAUAUCCAUUUUCUGAAGCUAGAAAUGAAAGGUUAAUGAUCGCAGACUGAACCUGCUUAAGAGCGUCUGGCUUUGUUGCCAGUUCAGAAGUCUGCACAGAUGCUGCUGCUGCUUCAUGGAUCAUAUGUUACCGUUUUAUGUUAUGUAAAUACAAUUUAAUUUUAUUGUGAGUGUGCGUGUGAUGUGAAACCUAUGUUCUGAAUUUUGGCGUUAAUGUGGUCCGAUGCCAACCCAGUGGUGCUAACUGUGCUAGUUAAACAGGACGAGCCUGUACAACCAGCAGAAUCGGUUAUUGGCCUGUUUUCCUAAACCUUCAGGUCCUUGUGAACGUCAUUCCCUUGUUUUCAUUCUCAAGAUACUCCUGUAAGACUUGACCGUUUUCACCCCUCAGAAGUGAAUUUACCAAACUGAAUUUAAGCAAACUGCGUAUUUAUUUCAUAUAGAUUUUUCGUUUUAAUAUUUGAAUUGCAAUUUUGUUCCUCGAUGCCAAAGGCAUAUUUAAUAAUUUGAGGUGCUUGCUAUUUAUGAAUUUAAUGCCUUUUUGUUUGUAGCAUAGCUUGAAUUAAAUUUGACCUGGACUUGAGCCAGUCAUGUUAGCUUCGUUGUUGAUUUAAGAACAGUGUAAAAAUGUACUAUGAAUUGUACAUAAGAUGUACUGUAUAUGUGUACAAAUAACAAUUUCAAGACUCUGUAAUGUGUAAUUUCCAAUGUGAAGUUAUUAAAAAGUGAAAC